AUUAAAAUUUCCUAACAACUGAAGGGCUGAACACAAAUUAUGGAAAGGUGAAACAAGGAAAAAAUUGCAAAGCAAUGAAAGAAGAUAUGUCUUUAUUUGAAUUCUAGCAAAUGAGAAUUCAGCUUUCCCUUCAACAUCAGUAUGAAAAAUUUCAGCCUAUAGCAAGAACAGAGACUGUAUGCAUAAGAAUUAAUUUGAGUUGUUUUGGGACUAACAAUACUUCCCAUAAAGGCAGCAUCGAACUCAUUCAUUAGUUUAAGCUGGUGCUUUUCUGUUGACAUUGUUCACAGAAUUUAAAAGUAUAAAGAAUGUUAUUGAACAUUCAGGAAUCAAGUGCAUAUUUAAUUUAAAGUCUGAAUAUCAGAGGAGUCACAACCAGUGACAUUAGGCCUGAAUUUUUUACUUGCUUUUUUGUUUAGACAUGAUGAGUUUUCUACACAUCGUUUUUUCCAGUCUAGUAGUGGUUGCAUUUAUUCUUGGAAAUUUUGCCAAUGGCUUUAUAGCACUGAUAAAUUUCAUUGCCUGGGUCAAGAGACAAAAGAUCUCCUCAGCUGAUCAAAUUAUUGCUGCUCUGGCGGUCUCCAGAGUUGGUUUGCUCUGGGUAAUAUUAUUACAUUGGUAUUCAACUGUGUUGAAUCCAACUUCGUCUAGUUUAAAAGUAACAAUUUUUAUUUCUAAUGCCUGGGCAGUAACCAAUCAUUUCAGCAUCUGGUUUGCUACUAGCCUCAGCAUAUUUUAUUUGCUCAAGAUCGUCAAUUUCUCCAGACUUAUUUUUCAUUACUUAAAAAGGAAGGCUAAGAGUGUAGUUCUGGUGAUAGUGUUGGGGUCUUUGUUCUUUUUGAUUUGUCACCUUGUGAUGGAAAACACGUAUAUAAAUGUGUGGACAAAAGAAUAUGAAGGAAACAUAACUUGGAAGAUCAAAUUGAGGAAUGCAAUGCACCUUUCCAACUUGACUGUAACCAUGCUAGCAAACUUGAUACCAUUCACUCUGACCCUGAUAUCUUUUCUGCUGUUAAUCUACUCUCUGUGUAAACAUCUGAAGAAGAUGCAGCCCCAUGGCAAAGGAUCUCAAGAUCCCAGCACCAAGAUCCACAUAAAAGCUUUGCAAACUGUGACCUCCUUCCUCAUAUUACUUGUCGUUUACUUUCUGUGUCUAAUCACAUCGUUUUGGAAUUCUAAGAUGCAACCGAAAGAACUUGUCUUAAUGCUUUGCCAAGCUUUUGGAAUCAUAUAUCCAUCAUUCCACUCAUUCAUUCUGAUUUGGGGGAACAAGACGCUAAAGCAGACCUUUCUUUCAGUUUUGUGGCAGGUGACUUGCUGGGCGAAGGGACAGAACCUGUCAGCUCCAUAGAUUCACAAGAGGUGCAUUAUGUGUUUUCUAGCAGAAAACAAAUUGAUGGCGUCUGGAACAUUUUAUAUUUCCCACAAGUUUUUCCGUAGUCUAUGUAUUUGAGUAAUUUCCAAAAGUUGACAUAGAAAAAUCUUUUACCUAAGUUUAUUGUAUAAAAGUAUAUAUAUAUAUUAUAUAUAUAUGUAUAUAUAUAAUAUAUAUAUGCAUGUGUGUGUAGGUCUGAAAUGAAAAUUUAAUAUUUACCAUAACAUACCUUUAAUCAAUUUUUCAUAUAAACUGUUCAGUUAUACCAAAGUAGGAUAAGAAAUUUCUCAGAAUUAUGAACCCAUGUGUAUUUCACACAUAUAUUUUAUUAUAUGAUAUUUCAUUUGAGGAAUUUAUGAUCUCUAUUUAUGAUUAAGAACUGACCGCUUAUAUCAGAAAAUCAUUGCUGUUUUUCGUUGUCAUUUGUAUCAUGUAUAUGUAGCAUAGUGUGUUUAACUGUUUAACUAUCAUUGUUUUAACCUCUAAUUUUUUGGAUGGUAAGGACAUUUAAUUCUAAAUCAAUGAUGAGAAUGUGUCUUUGGGGUAAGGGUUUUUUUUUUUUUAAUCACGAAUUCUUUUUUUUCUUUUUUUGAGAUGGAGUCUUGCUCUGUUGUCCUGGCUGGAAUGCAGUGGCACAAUCUUGGCUCACCACAACGUUCACCUCUGGGGUUCAAGUGAUUCCCAUGCGUCAGCCUCCUGAGUGGCUGGGACUCCAGGCAUGUGCCACCACGCAUGGCUAAUUUUUUGUAUUUUUUUUUUUUUUUUUUUUUUUUUUUUUAGUAGAGAUGGGAUUUCACCAUGUUGGCCAGGCUGGUCUCGAACUCUUGACCUCAAGUGAUCCACUGCCUCAGCCUCCCAAAGUGCUGGGAUUAUAGACGUUCAUGAUGAAUUCUUAUUUUAUGUUUAGUAUAAAGCAAAUACAAUUAUUGUUAGAUAACAAUGCACAAAAUAAAAUUCAAGGGUGAAAAAUAUAUCUAGUGUACAUUUUUUAUGUGUAUCAAAAGCAAUACUGAGGAAUCUUAUAUUUAAUAUAGUAUGUUAAUAGCUUAGAAAAAAAUCAUUUCUAUAAAAAAGAUGAAGAAACAUGAUCAUGAGCUCUUUUCAGUGCUG